CAGCGGCUGUCGGGUGCAGAUAUUCGACAAGCAGUCCUAUUGCUACGAUCAAGUCUCUGCCUAGCUCGGACUUUUCCUUUGGUCAACUCUGUUGAUAUUAAUGUGUCAUACAAUAUGUUCCGACAGUGACAGGGUCUGUAGUUCAAGAGUAAAUAAGAGAGACGUACAUAGACUACUUGUCAUCGUGAUUUUUCUGUCUAGUUAUUCUAUCAUUUGAUUCCCCUACCGUUCCCUCUUGGAUCUACGAAGAGCAUGUUGGUGAUCUGAGUAUACAGAGAGUUUUUCUCCUGUCCUUCUAUAUAUUUGAGGAAUGACUGCAACUGGAAAGGGACUGACAAUCGCUUGAAUGGAAAAAAUGGAAUACAACGAUCUUGAGAAAAAAAUUGAGGAGAAACUGACAUUAACAGAUACAUGUAUCUCCUCCACACCAGAGCCUUUGGACAACCAGAAUGAAGACAAGAACAUAGUGAAGGACCUUCUGACAUCAGACGACUCAGCCAUCUCAGACCUCUCCCCAGACACGGAGUCCUGUCCAAAAGCAUACCCCUCUACCAAGACAGACCCCUCUACCAAGACAGACCCCUCUACCAAGACAGACCCCUCCACCAAGGCAGACCCCUCCACCAAGGCAGACCCCUCCACCAAGACAGACCCCUCUACCAAGACAGACCCCUCUACCAAGACAGACCCCUCUACCAACACAGACGCCUCCACCAAGACAGACCCCUCCACCAAGACAGACCCCUCCACCAAGACAGAUGCUAGACCAGGCACCCCUGGGUCUGGCACCAGCCCCCAUCCCAAAAAAGGAGAUGGGUUGACGACAGAGCAACGACAGAAGCUGGCUAAGGAGCGGAGGGAGGAGAGGGCCAAAUACAUUGAACAGCAAACUCAGCUGCAAGCGACUAAGAAGGCCCAGUGGCUGGAGAAGGAGGAGAAGGCUAGGCGUCUGAGGGAGAGCCAGCUGGAGGAACGUAGGAGGAGGCUGGAGGACCAGAGACUGAAGCUUGAGAAACGCAGAGCCCUCCUGGAAGAGAAACAGAGGCAGAAACUAGAGAAGAACAAGGAGCGCUACGAGGCGGCCAUCAGGAAGUCAACCAAAAAGACUUGGGCUGAGAUCCGUCAGCAGAGAUGGUCCUGGGCUGGAGGCCUCAACCAGACCUCGCGCCGACAAAGCAGAUGUUCGGCCUCCACUGUCAACUUACCGAGACAGGUGGACCCUGUCAUUAACAACAGGCUGUCCAAGUCCUCUGCAACCCUCUGGAACUCCCCCAACAGAACUCGCAGUCUGCGUCUCAGUCCGUGGGAGAGCCGCAUCGUGGAGCGGCUCAUGACCCCCACCCUGUCCUUCCUGGCCCGUAGCCGCAGCGCCGUGACCCUGCUCAACACUAGCGACUCCCGGGACCCCUACUCUCACCACUGCUUCCGUUCAGCCUCCGCCAGCCCCCUGGACGCCUGCUCCCACCACCACCCUCACCGGGACUCCUCCGAACGCUGGAGGGGAGGAGUGUCCGCCAGCACUCCCGACAUCACACAGCGCCAACGCCGACGGAACUCAACGCUGUUGGAUAAGAAGAAGAAAGAGAAGAAAGACAAGGAGAGGGAGAAUGAAAAAGAGAAAGUUCUGAAGAAGUUACCAAUACCGACCAGAUCCAGGCCGGAGUUCAGCAGUACCCCAAAACCCCAAAACCGACCUCCAUCACCUGUGGCCCCCAAAAGCAAACUGUUGUCCCCCUGCCCUCCAAUGGCUCCCAAGACCCCCUCCACAGGCAAGAAGAUCCCCACAGGCACAAAGACCCGCCCCAAAAGAGCCCAGACCCCUGUCAGGGUACAUCUUCAGCCGGUCACUGUGGAAACUAACAACGAGCCCCAUCAGCCAGACACUCCUGAGGAGAAAAAGAGCUCCAGUAAUGUUCCUGCUAUAAUGGUGUCUUCGGCGCCGGCGACACAAACAUCUCUUAGUGCACCAGUCACAGUGGCCGCCUCUACCCAAUCCUCAAACCUACAGCUGACUGCCUCUGCUGCCUCAACUCCCACAACUGCCUCCUCUGCUGCCUCAUCUACUGCUGCCACUCUGGCUUCCAGGCCCUCAGCCGGCACCAACGACCCAGAGGAAGCAGCUCGAGUCCUGGCUGAGAAACGCAGACAGGCCCGGGAGCAACGGGAGAGAGAGGAGCAGGAGCGCCUGGAGCAGGAGAAGAGGAAACGGAUUGCUCGUGAGGAGGGCAUGGCUCGGCAGGCGGAGGAGAGGAGGCGCAGGGAGGAGGAGGCACGCCUCAUGGCGAAGGAGCAGCUUCUGAGAGACGAGGCCCAGCGCCUGGAGGAGGAGAAGGGGGCGAAGGAGAAAGCCAAGGCGGAACAGGAGGAGAACCAACGCCUGCAGAAACAGAGGGAGGAGGCCGAGGUCAAAGCUCGUGAGGAGGCGGAGCGUCAGCGCUUGGAGAGAGAGAAGCACUUCCAGAAGGAGGAACAGGCGCGCCUAGAGAGAAAGAAGCGCCUUGAGGAGAUCAUGAAGAGAACUCGUAAAAGUACUGAUGCUGGAGAAAAGGUGAUUGAUCCUUCACUGCCGAAUGAGUCCAAUUCCCCAGCACAGGUCAAUGGCAAAGAUAGUACGAAGAACAGUAAAGCGCCUAAGAUGCAGCAGAUUGAAGCAGAAUCCAGCCCUGUGCUGAAUGCUGUCCGGCCAGCCGUGCACCAGAAUGGCCUCUCAGCCAACGGGAAGGCAGCUGACUUUGAGCAGAUCAUCCAGCUGUCCAAUCACAACAGGAGCAGCAACGGUGGGCCGGGAAAACCGGGGAGUGGCAUCGUCAGCGACCCAAUCCUGGCCUUUGAGGGAGGAGAUCCCUUCCUGAUGAAAACGGGUCCCAUGAAGCCUCAGCAUGCUGCAGGUAGCUAUACAGAAGUUCUUUGAGACACCAGGCUUCCACGCGCUUUACGCCACUGGUUGAUGUAGUUGAUUGUGUGCCACACACUGCAACAGCUUCUAAAGGAAGUGUGUCAAACAAAGAAACAAACUAUGGACUAAACUUUUAAAUCACUUAAAAACAUCAAAUUCCACAGAGGUCAUGAGGGAGGAAGAAAACUCUGCGAAGAAAAAAACGUAAAUGAAAAAAAUAUUGUCUGUCUUCUCGGCAUGUUUUGGUGCAACAUACGUUGGGUUUUGUUGAAAAUGUCAAAUGGAGAUUUUAUGGUGCACCUUUAAAUGGCUGAUAAUGUAAUAUGAGGAGUUUUAGAGCAUUGUAAGACCUGGAAAUAUACAGUAUUUGACUACGGUUAUUAUUAUCAUUGUUGUUAUGCUAUUGCUGUUGUUAUCUUAAAGUUGAACAAAGUGUGUGUUUGUUAGUCUUGAAUAAUUGGGUUAUUUAACUAGGGGAGGAAGCAAUGUGAGGAUGCUGUCAGGGGAAGCUGUGGGAUAAAGCUUAAUGAACGGGAGAAGAUGUCUCUAUUUCUUUCUGUCUGUCUGUCUGUCUGUCUGUCUGUCUGUCUGUCUGUCUGUCUGUCUGUCUGUCUGUCUGUCUGUCUGUCUGUCUGUCUGUCUGUCUGUCUGCCUCUCAUUUAACUAGGGGAGGAAGCAGUGUGAGGAUGCUGUCAGGGGAAGCUGUGGGAUAAAGCUUAAUGAACGGGAGAAGAUGUCUCUAUUUCUGUCUGUCUGUCUGUCUGUCUGCCUCUCAUUUAACUAGGGGAGGAAGCAGUGUGAGGAUGCUGUCAGGGGAAGCUGUGGGAUAAAGCUUAAUGAACGG